AGUAUGACAUAAUAAUGAUACACCAGAGGCGGAUGUCUUCUUGUGAGCGUACGUAAAAUACAAGCGAGAAUUCGUGGAUCGAUGCAUUCGGUUUAUUUCCGUAGUCAUUUCAAAGGAGAGAGUAUGAAAAGUAAAAUUAUUUUUAUUAUCAUCGCGGUGAUCGCAGUAUUUAUUUGUGUGCAAGUAUACUUCGUAUUUUUAGCCGAUAGCCCGAAAAGAAUAGCAGUAGACGGCGGACAACCUGUAAACAUUGGACCAUUUAUUGAUUGUCAUCCAGAAAAGUAUCCUGAUAAAACUACCUGUGACCUUAGAGGAUGUGUAUGGAGAAAAUCAAACGAUGACAAUUCCCCACAAUGUGUUUACUCAAUAGGCCAUGGCUACUUAGUAAGAGGGGAGAUAACUAAAACUAGUAAUGGACUACAAGCGGAAGUAGAAAGAAUAAAGACACCUAAGAUAUAUGAUAGUGAAAUCUAUGAUAGACUUGUUGUUACUGUGGAAUAUCAAACAGAAUCAAGGUUAAGAAUAAAGAUUGUGCCAAAAGAUGUGGAUAGAUAUGUAGUUCCAGAUGAAGCAUUAAAUAUACGUUUACCUGGGAAACCUCCACCUGCCAGCAGUCGUUUAUAUGAAGUAACAUUGGUAAAAGGAACGCCACAGUUUGGUAUAAUUGUUACGAGAAAGGGUGACUCUACGGCAGUAUUUUCUACAGAUCUACCUGGAAUGACCUACUCUGAUCAGUUUUUACAAAUAACAACUCGUCUACCCUCUGAUAAUCUCUAUGGGUUUGGUGAACAUAAUCACAGUCGAUUCCGACAUGACAUGAACUGGAAAACCUGGAGUAUAUUUCCAAGACGAAUUGGACGUGAAAAGUCUGUCAACUUAUACAGCGCACACCCAGUUUACAUGAACCUCGAAAAUGACGGAAGAGGUUCUGUUGUUUUGUUAAAGAACACCAACGCAAUGGAGGUAGUACUACAACCAAGCCCUAAUCCUGCUAUAACAUAUCGUGUUAUUGGUGGUAUUCUGGAUUUCUAUAUAUUUAUGGGACCAAGUCCUGAACAAGCUGUACAACAAUAUAUACAGGCAAUAGGUGAACCUGUAAUGCCACCAUACUGGGCAUUAGGAUUUCAUGUAUGUAGAUUUGGUUAUAACGAUGUCAACGACGUGGAGGCGGUAAUUAAAAGAACUAGGGCAGCAGGUCUACCAUAUGAUGCACAAUGGGUUGAUAUUGAAUAUAAAUAUGAAUUUGUUGAUUUUACGCUCAAUAAGAAAUUAUGGGGAGAUCUACCUAAAGUAAUUGAAGACUUACAUGGCCACAAUCAGAAAUUUAUUCUAACUAUUGACCCAGGAAGUUUAGCCAACAGAAAGAAAAUAAAAAAAGUGAAAUUAAACAGCCCAGGUUAUAAUGUGUAUGAUGAUGGCGUUCUACAAGAUGUAUUUAUAAAAAAUGAAUCCAACCAAAUUGUACUGGCAAAGUAUUGGCCAGGAAUGGCAGCCACACCAGACUUUACGAAUCCUAAAACACAAGGUUGGUGGCUUAAAAACAUGGAAUACUUAUACAAUGAUGAAAAUAUUAAAUAUGAUGCCCUAUGGCUAGAUAAGAACGAAGUCUCACCACGCGAUUCGAUGAAAUGCAGCCGGAACAAAUGGAAUAACCCGCCUUACGUUCCUGACGUUGGCGGAAGUAGUGAAGAUUCCAUAUUGAAUAAAAAUACGAUUUGCAUGGAUUUAAAGCAGCAUUGGGGUCGACAUUAUGAUUCUCGUGCUUUAUAUGGUCAUGGUCAAUCAAUUCUAACUUACAAUGGUUUGUUGCAUCAGUUUCCACGUAAAAGGCCAUGGGUGAUGACAAGAUCAUCAUUUGUUGGUACAGGUAAAUAUGCCACUAAAUGGAUGGGCGAUAACAGAAGUACCUGGGCUGAUAUACUCUGGUCAGUUAUAAGUAUUGUAGAGUUCAGUAUGUUUGGAUUUGCUAUGAAUGGGGCUGAUAUUUGCGGUUUUGGCUACGCUGCUGAAUAUGAAUUGUGUUUAAGAUGGCAUCAACUGGGAGCAUUUUAUCCAUUUUCCAGAAAUCAUAAUACCAAAAAAAAGAGGCCUCAAGAUCCAGCAUCGUGGGAUCAGCGUUUUGUAGAUAUAGUUAAACCAGUUCUUAUGACUAGAUACAGAUUGUUACCAUAUUUAUAUACUCUUAUGUAUAAAGCUCAUGAAGAAGGUCACAUGGUCAUGAAAGCUCUGCUGUUUGAAUUCCCAGCAGAUAGAAACACGUGGUCUAUAGAUAGACAGUUUUUAUUAGGACCAGCUCUUCUUAUAUCACCCGCUCUAGAACCAAAUCAAACAGUUGUAGAAGCUUAUUUUCCUAAAGCUCGAUGGUAUGAAUAUAACCAGGGAAGUGAAAUUAUUCCAAGUGCUAGAACACAUAAACUAUAUACCCCCCUUGAGGUGGUUAAUCUGCACAUACGUGGUGGUCACGUGAUACCAGUACAACAGCCAUCAACAACAACAUAUCAAAGUCGUCAGAAUCCGAUGGGAAUUAUAAUUGCGCUGGAUGAAAAUCAUCUUGCUAAUGGCGAAUUAUUCUUGGAUGAUGGAGAAAGCCUAGAAACACACAAGAAUAUAAAGUCAACAAUUGUUCAAUUUUCAAUGAGUAAAACAGGUGAAUUGGUGAUUAAAUAUAUGGUGAACAAUUAUACUGGCGCUGAUUAUUUAUAUAUAAAAACUAUAGAAAUAUAUGGUUUAAAUAAAAUACCUGUUGAUGUCCGUGUUAACGACGCUUCAGUGGAUAGACCAAAUAUAAUUAUGCUAAACAAGUUAAUUCAGAUACAGAACUUAAACAUCAAGAUAACAGACACAACUAUUAUUACCUGGAGGACGUAACUGUUAUUACCUGGAAGACGUAACUAUUAUUACCUGGGGGACGUAACUAUUAUUACCUGGAUGACGUAGACAACUAUUAUUACCUGGAGGACGUAACUAUUAUUACCUGGAUGACGUAGUAGAGGUUUAAACACAACUAUUAUUACCUGGAGGACGUAGUACAGGUUUCAACUCAACUAUUAUUACUUAGAGGACCGUAGUAGAGACUAUUAAUUAGACAUUAAUUAACAAAACAAGACCAUAAUCAACUCUCGAUGCCAUCGGAUACUCGAUAUUUUAACGAGAUUAGAACGGUUCAACAUUUAAAAAAAUAAUUUAAAAAUGGGAAAGCGAGGCUAAAUCUCGAAUAUACCAGUGCUCUGGUUACCACAAUGCACACAUGUUGUUUAAAUUUACAAACAGUGAUAACUCGACUCAGAAUAAAGUAAUUUAAAUGAAAAUCUAUUUUCAAACUAUUUUAGUAAGACUGGUCAGCUCUUUAUAAAAAUCUUUAAGUAUCUUUAAAGAAUGUCAGCCACUGACUUUCAGGACUCUUUUAAAUUCCGGGGGGUUGGAUGGCCGAAUGGUUAGCACGUGCGCGCUGUAUCAUAAGACCUGUCAUUGAGUCAACUGGCGUGGUUUCGAAUCCCCGGUUGUACGUGACAAGGAGUAGGGUCGCCUGUUCAACCUCGUGGGUUUUCUCCGGGUCCUCCCACUGCUAAAGACCCCUACUCGCAAGCGAAUUAUUGAAAUAAAAUUAAACCAUAUGUUAGUACCGAAAUGACCUAGUUUGUGUCGAGUGGACGUUAAACCCCAUUUCUCUCUCUCUCUCUCUCUCUCUCUCUCUUCUAAAUUCAAUUUUAAUGAAUUAAUUUUGCGAACGAGUUAUCCGCCCUUUUCGUUUCUUGUCUAUUUAAAUGCAUUUUUAGGACCUGAGCAGCUCAUGUUAUUGGUUAUUGUAAUAUAUUUAUUUUUUAUUGAACGAUAAUUUGUAUUCUUAUAUGUGUUUGUUUAAAGGCUCAAUACCACUCUUGUUGUAACUGAAUAAUAUGUCCCAAUCUUCAUUCUGGUCAACAAAAUGUACUAUUUUACAAUAUUCCAAUUAAUUGAUGAUACAAAUUUCAUCUUAACACACCUAAUUUAAAAAAUUGGAAAAAUUCAACUUAAUGAUUUGAAAAGCCUAACGUAAACCUUUUCAAAUGUGACUUUGAUUUAAAAAUAUUUUCGAACCCUCUGGACAAGUAAAAUAGGAUGUAAUGGAUAAUUUACACAACAGGUAGGAUACUUAAAAAUCUAAUUCUUAGAAUAAGGCUAUCAUUUAUUUUCUGGAGCCGUCAAGCCAGCAAGAGUGUUAUUGUCCCUUUAAUGUUAUUGUUAUUUUAGUUUUCUAAUAUGAAACUUAUAAUUGUGAUAAAAAGUUAUGGAGGCAAAAUAUCGUACCUGAUUAUAUAUGUUUACUAUUCCACAGGGAACCACGGUGGCUAAGUGGGUAAGACGCUGGUUCACUAGCCUGGAGGUCGCGUGUUCGAUCACUGCAUUAACCAACAAUGUUCAUUCAAUCUGAUUGAAAUACAGAUCUAUAUUUCGUUUCGUUUUUUUUAUACUUUCGAUGGCCUAUACUACAUGAAGAUCUGACAAGUUAUAGCCAUAGGUCACGUCAGGGGUCAAAAGACCGACUUAUGACCUAUGACGUCAGACAUUUGAUUAACCAAUCAGCAUUGAUGUUACUAGUGGAUUACCCACAGUUCCGUGCAAAACACGCCUAAAGCUCGCCGUAACAGACCGUUUCAUUGGCUUAUCCCUGACACCAUUCAGAACACGAUUUAAAUAACAACUCUUUCAGAUCCAAGUGAAGUAAAAACAAGUAAAACGAAAUUUUGAACUAUAAAAACGAAACGAAAUAGGAUCUGUGUUUUAACCAGAUAGUUCGUGGUGCAGGGCAGAGGGCCUGACAAGGACAGUUGUCUAGUCGUUCCGAUGGGACGAAAAAACGAGGUCCCCGUGUAUACCUUGGUGUGCACGUAAAAUAUCCCUUGGCAGUUGAAUUCGGUAUAGUGCCACUGCCCGGUCAAAAUUUCCAUUAUAACACUGUAUACGCCCGUCUUAUAUAGCCCCAAUUGGAGCAGAACAAUAGGACGCUAAACCCCAUUUUAUUUAAUUUUGUUUUAUUUAUUGUUAUUUUUGUUUUCUAAGAUGACAUGUAUAAUAAUACACCACAAGUUAUUAAAAAAUACACUUUAAUGAAA